AAAAUAUUAGAAAAAUAAUUUUUAAACAAUCUAAUAAAACAUAGUAACAUUAUAAAAACUGUCAAAAAUUAUAACACAACAAUUAUUUAAAAUUAUUUAUUUUUAUUUUAACUAUACAAAUCAUGGCAAAAAAAGGAGAUUCAGCUGAACUUAACUAUGAUAUGAACUACAAUUUGUUCCUAUUAAAGACUUCUAUGCAAAAUUUAAAAUCAGCUCAGGAAAAACACUGUGUAAACCGUUGGGUGCAUAAACUAUUAGCAAGUAACAAGACGGUUGCUGAAAUGAAGAUCCGCAAUGACUUCAUGUUUCAGCUAGUAAUGACCGUACAAGAGGGUACACUCAAAGCACCUUUUAACCAAUACCCACCAUCAUUGCCGCUUAAUAAUUUAGCAUACCUGCUAACUGGCAGUGCACCUAAUGCCGGUGGAAAGGACGGGAAAAAAGGAGCUGGUGCUUGGGAAUGUGAUUUGUCCAGCGAGGAUACAGAAAAGCCUAUGUUAUAUAGGCAAUCACCUGAUGGAGGAGCUUUUUUAGCUGCACAACCUGUACCAAAGUGUGGAGCAUUCUGUUACUUGGCAGUUGUUAGUAAACCUCCAGCAAAAGAAGAUAAAUCAAAAUUAUAGAUUUUUUAAAAAUAAAAACUUAAAAUUUACUUA